UUGAUUACAAUUAAUAAUUGCUUUAUUAAUUUUAUCACGAUCUGACGCAGCUUCUAUUUGAAUAAUUUAUUGGUUACUUCAUUCUUUUCGACCAAUUCGUUUGCGACAAUUGUUGCGAUCAUAAUUUUAACUUCGUCCACCAUUCUGCCCAGUUGUCUAAGAAUAAUCGUUCAAUGAUGCUCCGCCCACUAAGCUACUCGGAAUUCUAAUUUAGGUGUUAUGUAUUAUGAACACGGCUCUGGUUUUAACCUUGACAGCAGGAGCAAACUAGUUUUUCCUCUGUCGAGGUUGACGCCAGCUCAACCGUCGGUGACCACGCUCAUUUCAUCCAAAAAUCAUAAGGAAUUUUGAGUGUUUAGAAAUAUUUAUAAUGCGAAAAUUAUACAAUUAUACAAGUUAACUGAUCUUAAAUUAAACCAGUUUAGAUGUUAACAAUAUCCAAAAUUUAUAAAAUUGUCUGUUAAUUUGGAUAAUUUGAUGUUUUCUGUAGAAAAGUUUAAUAUAUUUUCUUAUUAGAGAUUUAAUAUACAACAACAACAAAAAAAAAAUAAACAAUAUAACUGUGAUAAUUUAACAUAAAAUAUACACCUUGUUAUAGGGUUACCAUAACAGUUAAAGGCCAGUUUUACAUCUAUCAACAAGAGAUUUGUUGAAUGAUUAAAUCUUAUAUUGUAUAUUAGAUACCAAUGAAUAAUAAAGCAGAUUAAAUGAAUGUAGUAAAUUAUCUUGGGGAUUCCAAUAUAUGCUCAUUUAAUGAAUUUAAUUUAUUUAAUGAAAUUAACUUUUUAUGUGAUAGUUUAUAUAACUGCAAGUUGUGUCUGCAGGUCUAUUAAUAUUUUUGAGUUGACUUACUGUGCUGUUAUAUAUCUUCUGAAAACAGGCUUGCUGGUUUUGCAUAUCACAUGUCAUAUGAUGGAUGUAUAAGGAAAAGAUGACUAAUUCCUAAUUGGUUUGUUAUAAGAGGAGUAUAUAAUCAUAAAAGGCAAAAUGUCCAUGUUGCAAACUAGUGAAUCAGUUAAAUUAAUUAAUUAUGGUGGAUAUGAAAACAUUGUGACUGAAAUGGUCCCUACAGUUUCUUUGCAAAAAGAGCAACUAAAAAUUAAAGUAAAAGCUUGUGGAGUUAAUUUUUGUGAUACUUUGAUUUGGCAAGGAAUAUAUAAACUUAAUAAUCAGGCAUUACCAUUGGCCAUGGGAAUAGAAUGUGCAGGAAUAGUAGAAGAAGUUGGUGAAGAUAUUCAAGAUUUUCAGAAAGGAGAUAGAGUUAUGUGUUGGAGUUUUUUUGGUGGUAUGUGGACCGAAUCCAUUUGUCUUCCUGCUACAAAUUGCAUUAAAAUCCCUGCAGAUAUGACUUAUAAAGAAGCCGCUUCUUUUCCUAUUAAUUAUUUAACUGCUUAUUUAGCUGUUAUGGAGUUUGGUCAUUUAAAACCGGGGCAAGUUAUUCUUUUACAGAUGGCAGCAGGUGGUGUUGGUUGUGCAGUAUCACAGUUGGCAAAGACAAUAGAAAAUGUGACAAUAAUUGGUAUGGCAUCAUCAGGAAAACAUGAAGCAGUUUUAAAAAAUGGAGUGUCUCAUUGCUUUGAUUAUGACUGUAAUAUUGUUACUGAAGUCCAAAAAUUAUAUCCCAAAGGUGUAGACAUAAUAAUAUCAACAUUUCUUGGAUCCGAAGUAAAUUCUCUUCGUCAAGUUUUGAAACCAAUGGGACAAUUUAUUUUCAUUGGUGCAGCAAAUAUACUUCAAGGAGAAAGAAGGAGUAUUUUCCAUUUGAUAAAGCUUUGGUGGCAGACAAAUUACAUAAAUCCCAUAGAAUUAAUAAAUAAAAACCAUUCUGUUUGUGGACUAAAUAUUAAUAAUUUAUUUGAGAUAGAUCCAGAAUAUUUCAAGACAACUUUGGAAAAAAUCUUGAGAUUAUUUGAAUCUGGAAAAUUGAAACCAAUCAUACAUUCUACUUUUCCAUUUUCAGAGGUAAAGAAAGCAUUUGAAUGUAUCAUCCAAAGAAAAAAUAUAGGCAAAUUAAUUUUGAUACCAUCAAAAGAUUUCUCUUCAAUUGAUGCAUGAAUUUACAGCCAGUUUCAAUGCCAACAAAGAAAUGUUAUGUCCAUUAUCAUUGUUAUUUUUUGUAAUAAAGAAAUUUGUUUAAUGUAAAAAUAAUAUUUUAAUUGUAAUCAAUCAAAUAAAGUUUUCUAGAUUUUAAAUAGUA